GUCGAAGCAGUGUCUUAUUUGGUCAAAUGAUACCAAUCUGAAACAAAAGAAAAGAAAAAACAAAACCCAAUCUUGCGUACACACAUCUCCUCCUCCAUCUCUUUCUCUCUUCCACAUCGCUUAGUCUGAAUUCGAAUUGGGUUUUCAUUUUUUCUUACUCAAAGUUGGUUUAUUUCCUCUUUUUGGAUAGAGUUUAACAUCAGAUUCUUGGUUUCAAGUUGCCCGGAAAAAUGAAGUUGUGUGUGCUAUGGUUGAAUUAGGGUUUCUACAAUACUAAAGAGUUGAUUCUCAUGGGUUGCAUAAUCUCUAAGAAGAAGUCUCCGAAGAGAAACCAUCCACAACCAUCGGAGAAGCGUUCUUCUUCUAGGAUUGAUGAUUCGAGCCAGAGUAAAGAAGAGCAACAAGAGGGAUCGAAGUUCAGUUCAAGUAGGUUGUCUCCGGAGAUUGCAGAGAUUGGUGAUACUGAUGAUGAAGAUGAAGAUAAGGAACUAAAGAGAGAGCCUAGUAGUGUCGUUGUUGCAGAGGUAGUUUCGGGAUGGCCUGCUUGGCUAGUCUCAGUGGCUGGUGAAGCACUUGUGGGUUGGACUCCACGACGUGCUAGCACCUUUGAGAAACUGGAAAAAAUUGGGCAAGGUACGUAUAGCAGUGUAUACAAGGCUCGUGAUCUUUUGAAUAACAAGAUUGUUGCGCUUAAAAGAGUCCGGUUUGAUCUUAGCGAUUUGGAGAGUGUUAAGUUUAUGGCUAGAGAGAUCAUUGUAAUGAGAAAGCUUGAUCAUCCUAAUGUACUUAAGUUAGAGGGCUUGAUCACUGCCUCUGCUUCAUCUUCUCUUUACUUGGUUUUCGAGUAUAUGGAUCAUGAUCUCCUUGGACUUGCUUCCAUCCCCGGUAUCAAGUUCUCUGAGCCUCAGGUGAAAUGUUACAUGAAACAACUUCUAAGCGGACUUCAUCACUGUCACACUCGCGGUGUUCUGCAUCGUGAUAUUAAGGGCUCGAACCUACUGAUUGACAGUAACGGGGUUUUGAAGAUAGCAGAUUUCGGGUUAGCAACGUUUUUUGAUCCACAGAAGCAUGUUCCGCUGACUAGCCGUGUUGUGACUCUUUGGUAUCGACCACCAGAGCUUCUGCUUGGAGCUUGUCAUUAUGGUGUUGGUGUUGAUUUGUGGAGCACAGGCUGUAUCUUAGGCGAGUUAUAUUCAGGGAAACCCAUCUUGCCGGGGAAAACCGAGGUGGAGCAACUGCAUAAAAUCUUCAAGCUGUGUGGUUCACCAACAGAAGAUUACUGGAGGAAGCUGAAGCUACCACCUUCCGCUGCGUUUAGACCCGCGCUUCCUUAUGGAAGACGUGUAGCACAGAUGUUUAAGGACUUACCUACGAAUGUGCUUUCGCUUUUGGAGGCUUUACUAUCUAUAGAUCCUGACCGGAGAGGCUCUGCAGCUAAGGCUCUUGAGAGUGAGUACUUCAAAACAGAGCCGUUUGCUUGUAAUCCAUCUUCUCUACCAAAAUAUCCUCCAAGCAAAGAGAUUGAUGCUAAAAUCCGCGACGAUGCCAAGAGGCAAGAGAAUAAUGAAAGACAAGAAGACUCUCAGACCAGACAAUCACAUGAAAGAAAACUUAUCCCACCACUCAAAGCUAAUCCAUCACUCACAUCGGCUAUGGAGAUUACAAAGGACAUGACCAGCAACAAUCCAACGGGUGGAAGAGUCUCUCACUCGGGUCCGAUGAUGAAAAACCGGAAUCACAGUCAGUUUACAUACAUGAAGGACAAUGCAGCCCCUUCAACCAGGGCUAACUUAGCAGGACAAAGCGGUUCGCGUGUUGACACAAUUGGCUCGUAUCAAACAAUCAUGGAUCAGCAAAGGAUGAAUUUGAGAGCAUUCAACAGAGCUGACACUAUGGAUAAUAGUAACAGGCAAAUCAGAAACCCAAAUGACCCAUCUUGGUAUGAUGCUGGGGAUAACAAGAUGUACAUGUCGGGUCCAUUGCUGGCUCAGCCAAGUAAAGUGGAUCAGAUGCUGGAAGAACACGACCGGCAGCUCCAGGAAUUCACCAGACAGAAAGCAAAAAAAUCCAGAAGCUGAUAGCAUAAUGUUCGGAAUGAUUUUGCUUAUUUUUCCGGGAAAAGAAAAAAAAAUGUAAUAGAGAUUUAAGAGAUUGUUGGCUUUAUAAAAUAAAAGCUCAGCUAUGUGAUUAUAUGGAACAUGUAUACAGACUCAUGACAGCGUUUGAUCUUUGUGUACAUACAUGUAUAUAUACAUUUCUUCAUAUAUUAUAGAUAUGUGUACAUAGAG